CCACACAGUGGUCACAUCCUGUAGUUGCUAAUCCGGCUCAACCAACGACCACAAGAGUGACGAACUUCCUGCCUAUAUUACCGUGUAUUCAGGGCAUUUUCACUGUAAUUACUGAAAGCGAACUAUGUGAUAACGAAAUAUGACAUAGAGACGCCGAGUUAGAGUCGCGAAGGAGCUAAAGACAAAACACUUUCGUCGUGACAGUCAACGGUGUUCUUUGUAUGCAUGUUGUCUUCUUUUGACCAAGGACGGGGAAUUGGGAAACCACAAAGAGACUGAGCUGGUCUGUUGAUCAAGCGAAGUGUCAUCUGAACUUGAAUAGGAUAUCCCAAGCAUAAAUUCGCAAGAAUCAUCAUAGUUUUUUUACGGCACGUUCAAUGCAGCGGUCGUCUGUUGACUUCCUCGUCGAGUGGAAGCAGGCAUUCUCUAGUUGCGGGAAAUAGGCCUGUUACUGCAAGUAACGAGAAUUUAUGGGAUCACAAGUUUCAUCUGAUGAGAUGAGCGUGCGUGCGGGGCAGGGCAGUGACGAGGUGCUGGUGUCACAGGCGGUGUGGGAUUACCUUGCAGCCGCUGGACGGCCCUGGUUGGUCGACUUCGAGGACAAGCAGGGACUAAGCGCAGACAUCAUCCGACGCGGGGAGCGUGGCGGCUGCUGUGCCGUGCGUCUCUCCCCGGUGGAGGGCAGCAGCAGGGCCAGAACUGGGAUGAUGGAUGGGCCGGUUUCUCCUGUUACACGGAAAGCUUUCAUUGACUUAUGCCGCUGUGCCCGGAAGGAGAUGACCAAACAGGAGGCGGCUCCUAAGAGGAAACGUUCUCUGUUACCGUGUGUGGCGGCAGUGGAGCCUGACGGGGAAGGGAGCUUGUUGUCUCCGCCUCCCCCUCAACCACGGCGCUCGCAAAGGCAGCAGCAGAAGUACAGGAAAAACGCAGACAUGGAGACCUGUGUGGUUUUACCCAUGCAACAUGAGGCAGUGGCAAGGACCGGGGCUGAAUUAGCCGUCGGUCAUGAAGAAGAGAGCACCAUUUGCUCUAUCUGCAUGGGUGAAAUUGUGGAAAAGACAACUCUGGACAAAUGUGGCCACGCGUUCUGUCGGUCCUGCUUAGAACAGGCGUUUCAAGUAAAGAAGGCAUGUCCUGUGUGCAGGCUGGUGUAUGGUCAACUUAUCGGGAACCAACCGGCCAAUGGGAGCAUGAUGGUUGAAAGGGACCAAGACCUGGAGUUGCCUGGCCAUGAAGGUUAUGGCUGCAUAUGCAUUAUUUACAGUUUCCCUCCCGGUUUGCAAGCGCAAGAGCACCCAAACCCUGGGGUGAGGUACCCAGGCACAGACCGGGUGGCAUACCUGCCAGACAGCCCUGAGGGAAACCGUGUCCUCUGCAUGCUGCGACGGGCAUUUGAACAGCGCCUGAUCUUUACCAUAGGCACCUCCAUGACCACUGGCAUGCAUAAUGUUAUUACCUGGAAUGAUAUCCACCACAAGACCUCCAUAUGGGGCGGACCACGAUGCUUUGGUUACCCAGAUCCUACAUACCUUGUGCGGGUGACAGAGGAACUACGCGAGAAAGGGAUAACGGCCGAUUGAUUUGUUUCUAGCACUUGAGAAGUUUCAAAAGGAUGGCGACGUGUGCGCUUGACCAGUCUUUUCACAAACCCACUGUGUCGAAAACAAGCCACAGUCAUCUGCUGCAGGACGCCGGUUUCACAAUGUUUCAUUUCAAUCUUUAUGUUUAGCUUUGUUCUUUAUUUACCUGAGUGAAUACAGUAUUUCUGCGGUACAAACCUGGGGUGCACUUUACUGAGAUUGUUCAAUAGUCUCAGCUGAGUUUCAGAUACCCACUAGACUGCUAAAGUGUGAAUGUGAAGGUGAACACGUUUCCAUAUCUGCGGUACAACCUUCCUUUUCCCUGUUUUUCAGGUUAGAAUCACAAGGCUGCUAGCCUCCCUCUUCUAAUUCUGUUUCUUCCAUCUAAACUAUGCUUAAUAACCUUUUUAGUUUAUGGUAACAUCUGGGUGGAGACAAAUGGCAUAGUACAGUUAAAUCGGUACAGCUGGGACAAUCCCAUACAACUUUUUUUUCUAGCAAUCAGCACUAAGAGGCACUUUGCAAUGUAGGUAAUCUUUUUAUUAUGAGAAUUUAAAGUGGAUUCUGCCUGAUCUUCCAGAGUGCAGGAUGUAGAGAGGUUAUUUGUAGGCCUUUCUAAUAAUAAGGUCUUAUUAAUAGAGAUGCAAGUCGAUUUCAGUUUGUCCUAGCUUUCAUCCUUUAUAACUUCCAUUAUUGUCUUUCUUUUCAAUAAGAUGUGCAUAAAAAGUAAUAUUUUUGCUUUCUGCUCAUUGGGUUCAGUUUUCCCCAGUUUUUUUUAUUUUUAUGCUGUUUACAGAUUUUUGAGUUCAUCCAUUUUGGAUGUUAAAACUUCUGUCACGUGUAUAUAUCAAAUGAUGUCAAAAUGAAAGGGCGUGUGAACCACUUAAACCAAACUAAAAGCAUAAUAGCUCAAAAUUUUUUUGUUACCAUUGUGUUGUUUAUGCCUCAGACUGAAAAGCCUUGCACUGAUUUUAUUGUGAAGAAUCAGCAGAAUCGUCCAUACAAAUUUGCUGAAGUGGAAAACAAAUUAAUAACACAGCAUAUGACUCUCACAAAAACAUGCAGGUCACAUUUAACUCUGAAAUCAAAAGAAAAAAAUAGAAAAAUAUAUUGCAUUUAGCAUAUUUUUGUUUUGUUAUACCCAUUAUUCUCGAUAUCUUUCUUUAAUAUUACAAAGUAAUAUUGUUAUUACAGUGAAACAGUAAUACAAUUAUAGUUUUUUGUCACAAAUUAAAGAUUUUACUUCAAAGAAAUAAAUUAAAUAUCUGUAAUUAUUACAUUUGAUCACAAAAAAAGUCUGAAAUUAUUUUAUACAUUAUGUUUAUAAUAACUAACACAAUGCAACACGCACACAAAUAAUUGGCUUUAUUUUCUUUCAAAAUACCAAAUGUAAAUUCAUUUUUUCUUUUGAUUUUUGUGUGAGAUAUGACCCAUGUUCGUGAGAUUCACCCAAAUGGCGGCUGUCAUUCAUGAAGCAGUUUUAUCAGAUUUGUUUUGUAUUUCUCUCAUUGAAAUGUUAUUGUGCCUUCUGCUAAAGGUCACAGCCUGUUAUUACUAACAGUAUACUAUUACUCAUUAGUAUUGGUUAAACUUUGUUCUGAUCAAUAUGAAGCAUUAACUUUAUAGCAGUCUUUCAGCUUUAAGCAAAAUACAUCAUACUUUAGAAACUAAGUCUCAGACAGUUUUGCGCAAACCAAAACCUUUACUUUGUGUUAAGAAGGUUUUUAUGUUGUUCGUUAUGUUUUACAGUAUCGUUAAACAGAAAACAGUAUCAGAUUUGAGUUUUUCUUUUAUACCAUAUUCUCGUGCUCCCACCUUUAUGUUAUUAAGGACCAAUUCAGUCAGGAUUAGUAGGACUUAAAUGUUACUGUCAUGCAAAAUUCUAUGCACUUCAAAAUCAGAUUUAUAAAAUAGACCUCUUCAGAUGACUGAUUGUUCAAAUUAAAUAAUUUGCCUUUAUAGUUGUGUUGAUUUCUAUUACAUAAUUGAAUUGUAUGCUACAAAUAAAAAUGUGCUUUACAUUUUCAUACUUGAAUAAAGGGAUUGUGUUCUGUUA